CGCGAUUUCCAGAGAAGUGGACAUUCUAGUAAACAAUCACUAGGGGGUGUGGACCGUCCUUCUUUUAAACUUACUGUUUUCUGCUCAAAGGAAGGAUUUGUUUUCGCAAUUUAUUGUUGCUUUCGAAUUUCGAUACAUUCAAGCUCAUAGGCUGACCUCACUACCGCAGCAGAAUGACGACCAAUUUGUUUGGUAAAGAUUUGAAACAGUAUGACGAUAUUGACGUCGACGCCAUUUUAGAAACACUUACCAAAGAGGAGUUGGACGAACUCAACAGCGAAUUGGACCCUGAUAAUGCCACACUGCCAGCCAGCGACCGCACCAAGUACAAUAUCGACAAAGCUCCCACCGGUCCAUAUGACCGAGAGGCUUUACUGGACUUUAUAGAGAAGAAAGCUUUAGAGGAUCCGGACUGGGACACAAAACCAUACGUUAAAGAAAUCAGAGGAAAAAUCUUCAAAGCCAAGGAGCAGCCUAAACUGACCGAGGAGGAGAGCGGUAUUUCAACAGAGUUCGAUGAAAUCUUAAAUAAUGCUUCCGAGGAGGAAUUAGUAGAUUUAGCUGCUAUUCUUGGUUUCACGGGCAUGUUGAACCAAGUGCAGUAUCACAGCGCCUAUGAAAACAAGGAGCAGAUUUGCGGUGGUUUCAAGGGCCUAGCAAAAUACCAGGAGUUGAAAGUCGUCCCGAAUGAGCCGCCAAAUGACACGGAUGUUGAAGCGAGCAGACAGAAACUAGAAGAUGACGACCCAGACCUCAAAGAUUUGAAUAUUAAUAAUAUCAAGAAUAUUUCCGAGGAACGUUUCGAGGGCUUGUUCAAUGCGCUGAAGAAUAAUACUCACCUGAAAUCAUUCACAAUGGCAAACACAAAGGCGUCGGACAGACACGUCAAGGCACUGGUGGCAGCACUAGAAGGAAACAAAUCCCUAGAGACGGUAAACGUUGAGUCGAACUUCCUGAGCGGUGAGAUGAUUGUACAGCUCCUGGAAGCCAUUAACGUCAACAAAUCAGUGAAAAAUUUUAGAGCAACAAACCAGAGACAAAGUGUUCUCGGUGUAAAGACGGAAAUGAGACUGGCACGCCUCAUCGAGGAUAACGACUCCAUUUUGACUGUAAACAUUGACUUUGACAUUAGAAACGCUAGGAUCCGAGCGCACGAGCAUUUACAGAAAAAUAGUGACAGACAGUUACGACAAAAGCGUGUUGGUGCCUCAGAGGACCGGGAGCCUUCGAUAUAAAUAUGGUGCUGUAACAAGACUGCUGGAGAAACACCUUGAUGACAGACACCAUCAUUUCAACUGAAUGAUUCCUUCAAUUUUUUCCUCCCUACGUUUGGAGAAAUGCAUCUGGCCAGAUUCAUCUCAGCAUCGGCAGACGUCAAAGGAGACACCUUGAUGUCAGACACCAUCAUUUUAACUGAAUGAUUCCUUCAAUUUUUUCCUCCCUACGUUUGGAGAAAUGCAUCUGGCCAGAUUCAUCUCAGCAUCGGCAGACGUCAAAGGAGACACCUUGAUGUCAGACACCAUCAUUUCAACUGAAUGAUUCCUUCAAUUUUUUCCUCCUACGUUUGGAGAAACGCAUCUGGCCAGAUUCAUCUCAACAUCGGCAGACGUCAAAGGAGACACCUUGAUGACAGACACCAUCAUUUCAACUGAAUGAUUCCUUCAAUUUUUUCCCCGUACGUUUGGAGAAACGCAUCUGGCCAGAUUCAUCUCAGCAUCGGCAGACGUCAAAGGAGACACCUUGAUGUCAGACACCAUCAUUUCAACUGAAUGAUUCCUUCAAUUUUUUCCUCCCUACUUUUGGAGAAACGCUUCUGGCCAGAUUCAUCUCAACAUCGGCAGACGUCAAAGGAGACACCUUGAUGUCAGACACCAUCAUUUCAACUGAAUGAUUCCUUCAAUUUUUUCCUCCUACAUUUGGAGAAAUGCAUCUGGCCAGAUUCAUCUCAGCAUCGGCAGACGUCAAAGGAGACACCUUGAUGUCAGACACCAUCAUUUCUACUGAAUGAUUCCUUCAAAAAUUCAAUGCCCCAGUGACAGUCAGGCCAAAAAGGUUUGUUGGUACCCUAUUGAAAAGUAUAUGGGUAUGUCCUGCAAAUUGCUUGCAAAACAAAUAAUGUAUAGUGGAUUACAUGUAGAAGCGUUUAGAAUCUGAUUAUUAUUGAUCUAUCGUGACGAUUGGGUAUGUACGUUUCGAUCAGAGUGACUUAUAUGGGGACAUUUACCUCGGUGCGCUCCCAGUUAAAGGUGUACACCGUUCGUAAAAAAAUUUAAAUUUUGAUCUGAAUUUGAAUAUUUCCCAAAUUCAUAAAUACGGACUGAAUUUAAAUAUCAGCAUUGCUGUUAUGUAACCAGGUAUUCGGCAUUGUGUUUGACUGCAUUUCUAUUUUCCUGAACCAUCUGUAAUUACGAAUGGCGUACCCCUUUAAGCCCCUCAGACUAGCGGGUCAGAGGUGAUUUUUACAGCUUGUAGAUGUGUUCAUAUACUAUAAAUACAUCAGUGGAGCUUCACGUAUUGUGCUAGAGGGACUUGUAGCGCCCCCUAUAAUCUAUUGACUAUAUUUCUGCGGAAGUGAUCGUGCUGCCCUCUUUUGCGUAUUGAGUGAACUGUGUUUUAAAGUGACCUGCUCUGAUCACAUUAUUAUGGUGGCUGUGUCACUUUGGUGUAAGAAUUUUAAAAAAGUGCAUUCUUUUUAAAGUGCCGGAAGCUUGACUACAGUGGAACCUCCCUUAGCGGACACCUCUCUAUUGAGGACAACCUCUCUAUUAAGGACAACCUCUCUAUUAAGGACACUAGUUUUGGUCCCAAAUUGGUCGUUUCCAGUCAAUUUCACCUCUCAAAUCAGGACACCUCUCUAUUAAGGAGAGCAUUUGUCUGUCCCGAGGGUGUCCUUAAUAGAGAGGUUCUACCGUAUUUUACAUUGUACAUAAGCGCAUUUUAGGCACGCGAUAUUGAGUCGUUAGAAGUAGCGAAAUUCAACAGAUUACAUACCAUUAAAACCAUUGAAACAUAAUGUACAGUUCUUAGCUAGGAUAGAUGUCAAUAUUUGCAGACUUUCCAAGCUUUCUGUACAUGUACAUGUAUUUUCAUUACCUGGCACCCCUUGCGAUCAAACAUGGACUGCCCUUCUCAUUGGUAACAUGAUUGAUCGGAUCUUUCCACUUUAAGAAAAAGGGGUGUAUGAUGCAUCUACUUUUAUUACCUGGCACCCCUUGCGAUCAAACAUGGACUGCCCUUCUCAAUGGUAACAUGAUCGAUCGGAUCUUUCCACUUUUAAGAAAAAGGGGUGUAGGAUGCAUCUACUUUCAUUACCUGGCACCCCUUGCGAUCAAACAUGGACUGCCCUUCUCAAUGGUAACAUGAUUGCUUGGAUCUUUCCACUUUUAAGAAAAAGGGGUGUAUGAUGCAUCUACUUUCAUUACCUGGCACCCCUUGCGAUCAAACGUGGACUGCCCUUCUCAAUAGUAACAUGAUUGCUUGGAUCUUUCCACUUUUAAGAAAAAGGGGUGUAUGAUGCAUCUACUUUCAUUACCUGGCACCCCUUGCGAUCAAACAUGGACUGCCCUUCUCAAUUGUAACAUGAUCGAUCGGAUCUUUCCACUUUUAAGAAAAAGGGGUGUAGGAUGCAUCUACUUUCAUUACCUGGCACCCCUUGCGAUCAAACGUGGACUGCCCUUCUCAUUGGUAACGUGAUUGAUUGGAUCUUUCCACUUUUAAGAAAAAGGGGUGUAGGAUGCAUCUACUUUCAUUACCUGGCACCCCUUGCGAUCAAACAUGGACUGCCCUUCUCAAUGGUAACAUGAUUGCUUGGAUCUUUCCACUUUUAAGAAAAAGGGGUGUAUGAUGCAUCUACUUUCAUUACCUGGCACCCCUUGCGAUCAAACAUGGACUGCCCUUCUCAAUGGUAACAUGAUCGAUCGGAUCUUUCCACUUUAAGAAAAAGGGGUGUAGGAUGCAUCUACUUUCAUUACCUGGCACCCCUUGCGAUCAAACGUGGAAUGCCCUUCUCAUUGGUAACAUGAUUGAUUAGAUCUUUCCACUUUAAGAAAAAGGGGUGUAUGAUGCAUCUACUUUCAUUACCUGGCACCCCUUGCGAUCAAACAUGGACUGCCCUUCUCAAUGGUAACAUGAUUGAUUGGAUCUUUCCACUUUUAAGAAAAAGGGGUGUAUGAUGCAUCUACUUUCAUUACCUGGCACCCCUUGCGAUCAAACAUGGACUGCCCUUCUCAAUGGUAACAUGAUUGCUUGGAUCUUUCCACUUUUAAGAAAAAGGGGUGUAUGAUGCAUCUACUUUCAUUACCUGGCACCCCUUGCGAUCAAACGUGGACUGCCCUUCUCAAUGGUAACAUGAUUAAUUGGAUCUUUCCACUUUUAAGAAAAAGGGGUGUAUGAUGCAUCUACUAUUACCCAUCACCCCUUUUGGUCAGAAUGUGCCUGCCCUACUUAUUGGCAACAUCAUUGAAUGGACCAUUCCACCUUUGAGAAAAAGGGGUGUUUUAUGCAUGUAUUGCCACAAACCACUCUAGCAGGGUCUUUUGCAUUUAAAUUCUGGUAAAAGUUUGUAGUGUUUUGUGUGUGUGGUUUUUAUACCUUGGGAAAUGUAGUUUUAUUUGGACAGAUUGUUGAUAAAUGUUGCGCACAACUUUUUUUAGACGGUCGCUGCUUUGUUUGUAUUCUCUGUCUUCAAUUUGAUGACAUUUGAUGACAAAUCGUCGUAUGUUUUUAAGCAGUACUGGGUGUUAAAAACUAUGGGUAAGUUACAAGACUUAAAGGCCAACGCUGUUCGUUAAGAAUUUGAAAUGUGAAAUUGAAUUUGAAACCUUAUCAAUUUUGUUAUUGCAGUUACACAUGGAACAUGAAUUUUAACAUUGCUGUCGUGUAAAAUUUAAAAAGUAUACUUUUUGUAGGUCAAUUUUCAUCUGGUUGUUGACAUAGAGCGGCAAUGUUUAUUUCCAUUUAUUUCUGACACAGACAAAAACAUUCUGCACUAGCGGCAUUUGCCUUUAAUUAUAUUAGUUUGAAAUGACUUUAUCAUGAAAAUAAAACAUGUGUCAAUGCAGACUGAAAAGUGUUAAAAUUUGGUCAAAAGCGACCUCGGUGUGGUCUAUUUAUUUUUCGUCUUGUAUGAAACUUAUAUACCAUAUUUUUCAACACCCAGUAGUAGAAACUGACAAAAGGCUGUCUCGAUUCGAACUUGCAACAUGACAACAUCAAGAAUGGCCAGUAAAGUGCUCCACAAACAAGGAACUAUUUUCGCUGCGAUAUGCAAUGAUAAAAUUGCAUUGUGCGACUAAAAAAUCUCUCAUCUGCAGGUAAAUCCAUCUGGGAGUGAUAUUAAUUGCAGGUGGCUGCGAUUGCUGAUGUUUGACGCCUGCGAUGAUCGCAAACGAUUGAUUGCGAUAAUAAUCGCAAAAUUGCCGCAGCAGAAAUCGCGUGUUUGCGGACGCUUUAGACUUCACUACUGGCAUGGUAUAAAUGAUAACAUGGCAGCAUGACAUUGUGUAAUAACUACUGUGUGUUUAAAAAAAUACUGCCAACACAUCUCCCUGAAUAUAGUAACAAGUCUUAUUAUGCCAAUCAACCUCUAACAUUUGUGACCCGCCAUGACAAAACAGGUCGCAUGUCGCUCUGAGCUUGACAGGUUGAGACAGACUGGUUGUUCAUUUCACCAUUGUCUGCCUUUUGUGAAAUCGGAGCAUAUCAAUUUCUUCUAUUAUGUCCUGGUGUCAUUUUAGGCUCAUCUUCUGUGAGACAUGCGACUCAUUUUGUCGUGGUGGGCCACAUUUUGUCUUGUUUUGUAUUGGGAGAACUUGAAAUGGUGCCCUCUUAUAUACGGUGGUGAGGGGGUUCUGAGAUCAGACUAUGCAUUAAAUUUGACCAAAAAAUGUCAAUUUUAGUGUUUUUCGGGGGGGGGGGGGGUAAAAAUUGAUUGUUGUUUAGGAAGGUUUUUUUGGAGCGCGGAGGGAAAUUUUCAAUGCUUUGUCGCAGAAAUUCUGUUGGCUUGAAACGAUUGUAUAUUUGUAAAGUUUUAUUUUGUGUACUAUGUAUAAGUACAGUAGAGCAUGUAGUGUAGUCCAUCAGAUAUUAUAAAGUGUGUCAACGCGGAAGGAAUCGUGUUCCUUCACUAAAAAUAGACUGUCUAUAGUAGGAAAAAGAAAAGCUUAAGACUUUACAUAAUCAGGUUCUCGGUAAAAAGAGAUAAAAAUGAGACAGAAAUCAUAAAUACAAUUUUUUUUUGGAACCAUUUUUUUUUGCCAGACGCACAGUUGAACCCUGUUGAAAUACAGUGGAACCUCUGUUAGCGAACACCUCUCUAUUAAGGACAACCUCUCAAUUAAGGACACUAGUUUUGAUCCCAACUUGGUUGUUUCCUUUCAAUUUGACAUCUCUAAUCAGGACACCUCUCUAUUAAGGACAGCACUUGUCAGUCCCGAGGGUGUCCUAGAGAGGUUCUACUGUAUAUCCACGAUAGCUCUCGACUGUUGUGACGUAACCUUUGGGCGAAAACUUGUGAAAAAUUACCGCUUUGAACUGUUUCAACAUGGUUCAACAGUUGCACAAGGUAUUUGUAUAUAAUCGUAAACUAUUAUAAAAAUGCAUUUUCCAUACUUUUUGCUUAAAUUUGCAGAUUGCUGUAACGUUAUAUCAAGGAGCCAUCUCACACGUAUAGUUUUCUAACAUCUUGUUGUAAAAGUUGUGUCAUAGUUGAAAACAUGAUGACUCCUAAUCAAUGAUAUAAAACGGCUUUUAUAUGCGGCUUUUUUUGGUCAGAAAACAGAUGUGUUUAGGAUUCGGAUUUUAUAAAGUAAGAGAGAGUAGACUGGUUUUACCAUUAUGCGAGCAGGCUCAUAGCUAGCUUUUCGGUCUUUGCUGUAAAACACCCUUUUUGCCUUCGUCAGUCCAAAAACUGGCCAAAACUGCAUUGAAAUCACUUUUUGGUGACCUUUGGAGAGGGGCAUUUGCCCCCGGCCCGCUUCUAGCUGUGGCCCUGCAGAAAAUGUGCUCACCGCAUCUUCUUGGGUGUCAUUGGAAGUAAUAGCAUCCUCUCUAGUAAAAACCAGUACUUUUUUAUUUGUACCGGUAUGCAAAUAAAAAACGAACACUUCUUUGAAAUUCUCCAGAGAUUAUCAAAGACUUUGCCAAAAAUUCAACUGUCGGUCCAAGGCUACGUCCUUGUUUAAAUAUUUUCACACGAGAGUGCUAGAUAAUUUGGAUAUUGUACCUGGUACGAUAAAUUUCAAGAUAAUUUAACGAAAAACACGGAACGUCGUGCAAUAUUUUUCAUAAGCUUCAAAAUGUACAAUAAAAUGAAGGUUUUUCUCUCUCAUUUCAAAAUUUAGUCGGACUACGCGAUUAGCAGAUUAGGGAAGUCUUUGUGUUUAUUCUCAGAAGUGUGUGGUGGCGCUUUGUAGCGUUUUGUGUAUCAGAUUCUAAUCGCCAUAGUCGUCGACCAAUCAAAAAUCUCAAAAGUCUGUCUCGGUCUGCUGGCGUCCUGUCACCGUGGUAACAGGAUUGUUGACGUGAUGGAACAUCUCUCUACUUCUGCAAGAUGCUUCUUCAAUAAAUUAUAAAUGUCAAA